AUGCGUACUCAGCAGCUCCUGCCCCUUUGUGGCCUUCUACUUGCCAGUAACAUCGCCAUCGCAUCUAAAUUGGACCAUGAUGAUGUCCCCACUCGCUGCUGGCCUGCCUGUAGCGCCGUCGUCGGAAUCGCUAAGAGUUGUGAUGCCAGGCACGAACGUGAUUCAGCUGAGAUCCAAUGCAUUUGCGAUUGGGACGCUGCCAAAACUCAGAUCCCGCUCUGCUCCGCCUGUAUCACCCAGUAUCAAACCGACAGGCGCAACAACAACAUCACCUAUGGAGACCGUGAUGACUAUGACGAUGACAGUGAUGACGAUGAUGAUGAUAACGAGGCCCUUGACCUUGUCUACUCUUGUUCGCUUACCACGACUACCUACAACUCUGCCACUGCCACUGCCACUACUGUAACUGGCACAUCUACUAGCACUGCCACUUCAAACACAGCCACCACCACAAACUCUGCUAGCACCAGCGGAACCAACAGUCAGGGCUCGACUUCGUCUGGCUCCUCGGGAUCCUCUGAUUCCACCGGUACCUCGGCGGGCUCUGCGUCCUCUGCCACUCCUACCCCUGAUGCAGCAGCGGGUAUUUCAGUUCCCGGUGCUGCAUCGAUGGCAGGUAUCAUUGGACUGAUGGCUUUUGCUUGGCUGUGA